GUGUAGUUGUGAAUGGGAGCGAUGCGGGAGGGAGGGACCCGCGUAGCCAAAACUUCCCCGGACCCAUGGAAUAUGAACAUUGAUGGCAGAAACUCUUGUAUUUCAACGAGUGACAAACGUAUCUUCUGCGGCUUAACGCGCCGUCCCAUUGGGGAGAAUUUUGCCCUAUCAUUGCAAUAUUUUACCAACAGGAUCUUGGACUGUUGACGCGCGUGUCUUUUUUGGGGGCAACGAGACCGUUAACUUUACAGAUGCGUAUAGCAUAUUGGUAGAACUCGAUGCAAAAUUUUAAGACUAUAGGAUAUCAACCGGUGGAAUGAAUCACAUUGUGUGUCUUUACGCACGGAAGAGGUGGAUGAAAAACAAACCUUCGACACUGUGCGGGUUGCUUUAGGAUACGUGCGUGUCUUUUGGACAUGUGGACAUAUAGCCUACACCCUUUCAUACCGGACAUAUGGACACUACACCGGAAAGGUCUACCAUAUCAUUUAUGUAGCCUAUAUUGUCGGGAUAAGUAGGUGUUGACACUUGAUGACACUUCUUGAUUCGUUCAAGGAUUUAAACGUUGGGCACUACAGGCUUGGAAACUUUUAUGUAGAGAUUACGGGGAAAUAUAUUUAAAUCUACACAGUAUGGAUUAAUAACUAAAAUAUGUAAUUCUCCAUGGGGAUACAUAAGAUACCAAAUUGUGCGUUGUCCAGGGGAAUAUCUAAAGGGCGUGGACAAACAAACAGGAUUGACACAGAAAAGUGAUUACACAGGAUCUUAUUUUUCAGAUUCUCUGUGUUUAGGUCAGCCACCGAUGUCUUGAUCAGCUUGUCCAACUACAAUAUGUCGCCGCUGAUUCUCUCGGAUAAUUAUUGAUGUGUGUCGCUUUGCAUGAGUGCCACAGACUCCGCUUAGAAUGCUGUGUUUACAUUCCGCGCUCCUACGGUUCAGUCACACGGGGAGUUCCUGGUAUACAGACCACAGGUGUCUGUCUUCGAAAGUGACUUUAAUUCCCAUCAUGCCUAGCUGUGGAUAAGAUUGACCUCUGUGUGGGCUGAGUGUGGACCCCCAUCCCGUCCCACCCCUUCGCCCUCCCCUUGCCUCGUAGCCCGUCUCCCCCCCCCCUCCCACUGCCCCACACGUCCACAUGCAGGCCAAGAAGAGGUACCUGCUGGUGUCUCUAGGGGCCUGUCUUCUCCUGCUAGCCUACCUGUGGGGACUACAGAUCGGGGAGUUCCAGCAGCAAUCCCAGCCCAGCCACCAGUUCUACCACCUCCACACACCCCAGCAGCUGCAGCCUGUCUACCCAGCCCCACAGCCCCACAGCCCCCCCGGCCAGCCCAGAGCCCCCCAGCGCUGGCCGAACUGGACCGGGCUCCAGCCCCUCCGGAGCUAUCUGCUGGAGGACGAGCAAGGGGAGGACAGCCCCCUCCCUCUCCACCAGCACUCCUCCCCCCGCGAGCGCAGGGAGAUCCGCAACAACAUCUACAAGAGCCGGCGCUGUCGCAUGGAGACAUGCUUCGACCGCAGCCUCUGCCAGGCGGACUUCAAGGUCUACACCUACCCUCUCCUGAAGGGGGAGACCAUCUCAGAAAGCUACCAGAAGAUCCUUACCUCCAUCCAGGAGUCACGCUUCCACACGGCCGACCCAGCCCAGGCUUGCCUCUUCGUCCUGGGGCUCGACACCCUGGACAGAGACCAGCUCUCUGGCCAGUACAUCCAGAACCUCCGGGCCCGGAUACAGAGCCUGCCCACGUGGAACGACGGGCGGAACCAUCUGAUUUUCAACCUGUACUCUGGCACCUGGCCUGACUACACAGAGGAUCUGGGCCUGGAUGUUGGUCAGGCCAUGCUGGCCAAGGCCUCUGUGGACAUGGAUAACUUCAGGCCGGGGUUCGACAUCUCCAUUCCCCUGUUCUCCAAGGACCACCCUCUCAGGGGUGGGGUCAAGGGUCACCUGACCCUCACCCACCUCCCCCCGGACAGGAAGCACCUCCUGGUGUUCAAAGGCAAGCGCUACCUGACCGGCAUCGGUUCGGAGACGAGAAACGCGCUCUACCACAUCCACAACGGACAAGACAUUGUGCUUCUGACCACCUGCAAGCACGGCAAGGACUGGGAGAAGCACAAGGACUCCAGGUGUGACCGAGACAACGAAGAAUACUCAAAGUUUGACUACCAGGAACUACUCCAUAACUCAAGUUUCUGCCUGGUGCCAAGAGGACGUCGGCUGGGAUCAUUCCGCUUCCUAGAAGCUCUGCAGGCGGCGUGCAUCCCUGUCCUCCUCAGCAACGGCUGGGAGCUGCCCUUCUCCGAGGUCAUCGACUGGAGCAAGGCCGCCAUCUUGGGGGAUGAGAGGCUGCUGUUGCAGGUUCCCUCCAUCACCAGAUGGGUGGAGCCAGCCAGGAUCCUGUCCCUCAGACAGCAGACCCAGUUCCUGUGGGACGCCUACUUCUCCUCUGUAUCCAAGAUAGUCUCGACCACUCUGGAGAUCAUCCAGGACAGGGUCCACUCCCAUGUCUCCAGGACACCUCUGAUGUGGAACUUUCUCCCCGGCGCUCUGUACGUUCUCCCCCAGUUCUCCUCCGAUCCCUCCUUCUUUCCCUUCUACUACGCUCUACUGGGUAAAAAUCCGUCCCAGGAAUUCACAGCUGUGAUCCAGGCGGUGACACCGCUCCAGGCCCAGCUCAACCCUGUGGUCAAACUCAUCAUCGCCGUCGCCAAGUCCAAGUUCUGUGCACAGGUCGUGGUGCUGUGGAACUGUGACAAGCCUUUACCUCCCAGGAACAAGUGGCCCUCUACCAGUGUGCCUCUCAGUGUCAUCGAGGGACAGACCAAGACCAUGAACAGUCGUUUCUUUCCUCAUGAUGUCAUCCUAACAGAUGCCAUUCUCAGUCUGGAUGAGGACUCUGUCCUUUCAACCAAUGAGGUGGACUUUGCCUUUAGCGUGUGGCAGAGUUUCCCAGAACGCAUUGUGGGCUACCCUGCCCGGAGCCACUACUGGGACAACGCCAGGUCCCGCUGGAGCUACACCUCCAAGUGGACCAACGAAUACUCCAUGGUGCUGACCGGGGCAGCCUUCUACCACAGGUACUACCACUACCUGUACUCCCACUACCUUCCCUCCAGCCUCCUCAACAUGGUGGACCAGAUGGCCAACUGUGAGGACAUCCUGCUCAACUUCCUGGUCUCGGCUGUAACCAAGCUGCCACCAAUCAAAGUCACCCAGAAGAAACAGUAUAAGGAGACCAUGAUGCAGCAGGGGUCAAAGGUGUCUCGCUGGGCCGACCCGGACCACUUUGCCCAGCGCCAGACUUGUAUGACGUCGUUCAGCGCCUGGUUUGGGUUCAUGCCCCUGCUCCACUCCCAGCUUAGACUGGACCCCCUGCUCUUCAAAGACCAGGUGUCCAUUCUGAGGAAGAAAUACCGUGACAUUGAGAGGCUCUGACUAAACACACGACAGGGUGAGGACACCCACGUGCGAUGACCCACUUGUGAACUCCCUGGGAGGUACUGUGUGUGAGGUGUGUGUUCGCCUGUCCCCCCCCUGACCAGGUCUCGACUGAACAAGCUACUCAUCGGAGGUGGGGUUGGACCUUACUUAGAACCCUUGGGUCAGAUCUCUCUGUGGUAAAAGAGAUUUAGGACCUUGAAGUGGAAUCUGGAUUCACGGCCCAAUCUGUAGACUGUGAGGUUGCGUGAUUUAAACCUCCCUGUCUGCGCAUCCUCCUCUCCACUUUUACUCACGUUUGAAAAAACAGCAAUGCCUUUUUAUAACCAGCCUGUUCUCACCGUCACUCGAGUCAGUCUGACGACUACUCUGACACAAUAUUCAGAAUCUGUACGUCCUUUAUUCUGAAAUAUGCAACAGCCAGACCGGGUUCUACACAGGGUCCUGGACCUGGCUGGAGAACUCAAAACACUCCGAACGGUUACUGUCCAACAGGUUCUCUCUCUCCCCGCCUCCUUGCCCUCUCUCGUUCUCUUGGUUCCCUCCCUCCCUCCCUCUCUGUCUGUCUCCCUCUCUCUCUGUCUGUCUGUCUGUCUCCCUCUCUGUCUCCCUCUCUGUCUGUCUCCCUCCCUCUCUGUCUCCCUCCCUCUCUGUCUGUCUGUCUCCCUCUCUGUCUGUCUGUCUCCCUCCCUCUCUGUCUGUCUCCCUCCCUCCCUCCCUCUCUGUCUGUCUGUCUGUCUGUCUCCCUCUCUGUCUGUCUGUCUGUCUGUCUGUCUGUCUCCCUCUCUGUCUGUCUCUCUCUAUCCUUAAAUCACAGAGUUAGACUGGUGGUGUUGCUGUCGACGUUUGUUGUCUAAAUGAAGAAAAAUCGGGGACUUCAGUUCAACGUCUGCACCGGGGUCGUGUCUCAAAAGUGUUCCUCUGCCUCCCUUUCCUCGUGCGACUUCCUAGGUGAUCCCAGAAUGGGCAGGAGGGUUGUGGGUUCAAACUCAUCCACUUUUGUUCGCGAGGAGGACACAGGGAAUGAGACAAGGGAAGAAAGGGAUGAAGGAAGGUUGUUUAACGAGAUUGGUACACAACCUGGCACUGGACAUCAGAAAGUUAAGCCAUGGCCAGUGCCAGAAUGUGGGGUCACUAAUGCCUGCUAUGUGUAAAUCAGUGUGUGUGUGUGUGCGCACUUGUGUGUGUGUGCGAGUGGACGUAUGUCGUAUCAGAUCUAUAUAAAACGUUUUUAUCUCUGACACAGUAUCUGUUGCGGUCUAUGCUUCAUCCCCAGGGCUCAUUAGGAUUUGUUUUUUCUUCAAUGGAAAAAUGUAUUUUCAGUUGCUUUAUCCUGCUCCGGGUUUCACCACCCCAGCAUCUCUGAUAAAACAUGUUGAAAUGUG